UGUCUGUCGAGCUACUGCCGCCAUCUGUUCGUCGAGCCACUGCCGUCGUCAGUCACACGCAGGGCUGCUCUCUUCGUGCUGUUCUAAAAGUCUCCAACCCCUGCUCUCUUCUUUGAUUACUGAUUAUUUGAUUGUUUUGUGUUAUUUUUUUUUGAAUGAUUAUUUGAUUACUAAUGAGCUCUAGUUAUGUUGUUUUCCUGUUUUGUGUGUUGUGAUUUCGCUGAUUAUUGAAGGACUUAUGAUAAUUGAUUAUUGAAUGUCUUUUUAUUAUUGAUCAGGAUUACUGAUGUUCUGCUGGUUUUGCUGUGUUGCAUUUUACUUUACUGUUUUCUACUGUGCUGUUUGGCGUGCUGAUGUUUUGUGUUUUGUGAUUUCUUUGCAUAGUGAUGUGCUGCUGGAAACUGAAUUGCUAUUGUUUUGUGUGUUUGUGAUUUACUGUUUUGUGACUUAAUUAUGCUUAGAUGCUGUUUGUCUUCAUGAUUUAUUGAUUUCAGUUAUGUAGGAUUUUGUGAUUUCUUUGCAAUUUGCAUAGUGAUGUGUUGCUGGAGACUAAAUCGCUACUAUUGUGUGUUUGUGUUUUACACUUUCACUGUUUUGUGACUUAAUUAUGCCUAGAUGCUGACUGUCUUCAUGAUUUAUUGAUUUUAGUUAUAUAGUGUGUUCUGCUCUGGAGUGUGACUUCCGACUUAUAACUCGGCUACGGUCAGGCUAGGUAGUCCUUCUAUAACUCAGAACGUCCUCUCUGGAACCAGGGUGUGGUUGGCGUGGAACCUGCAAAAGGGACUCCAACGCCCAAGUCAGUAAUAUUACAAGACAAUGAGAAAUACUUUAAGAGAGAAUAAAAUAGAUGUCUUAUGUGGGCUGAAGUGUUUUAUUCUUCAGUGUUUAGAUGAGGAGAGAUCAGAGAAAAUCGUAUCCCCUAGCGGGGUUAGGAGGUGACUUAUAUAGACGGGAAAGCUUAAUGAUUUUACCGUUAUACUGACCUUGAUAGUAGGGCUGUUAUGGAUAUUUUCUGUUGUUCCCUUAUAUCUCGGUAAGUUUGGAAGAUUCAGCUAUUAUCGGUUAGUUUUGUAGAAUUAUUCAAAUUUGAUCUUUUCUGUUUGUGGUUAAGCUCGGUCAAAGCUUCUGGAAUCCAAGUACUUCGGUAUGGAUCACAGCCCCCAAGCUUGGCCUGUGAAAAAACAGGUUGAGCUUUUUAUGUUUUCCGCUUUUUGAAGCUUUAUUGUGACCGUAAUGGAGCCCCCAAGUUCAACUUGUUUUUUGUUUUUUUUUUGUUGGGCUAUUAUGUGUUGGGCUUUGAUGCGCAGUGUGAUUUUCGUUCCCGCUUCCUUUGUUAGUAGUUUUAUGAAACGUGGGAUAGUGGGUGUCUUGGGAGUUGGGGUUGUCUCUUCAACUGGUUGCUGUGUUUGCGUUGGAGUUUAUUACAUUGCUCUUAGGACGCGUCAUGUCUAAAAAAGGUUAGUAAAUUGUAUUUGUCUGUUGGUUUUCUUUUCUUUGUAAAAAUGGGGAAGAAAGAUACUGUUGCUAUUGAUGAGGGUGAUGUCUAUAGCUGGGUUGAUAGUGAUGUUAGGGGUCGCGUAUCUGUGUUUUGUAACGAUGAGCUUGUGAAACAAUUGAAUGAGGCUAACUGGGUAAGGCGUGGGCAUGAUUUUGAGGUUAGGUUUCUGCCAUGUAGUGAGAAUGAUAGAGUUUGUGAGAAAAGGUCUGACUGGAGCUACUUCUAUAUGUAUACGUGUUUGUUGACUGAACUUGGUAUACGUUUUCCUUUUACUGACUUCGGGUGUGGAGUUUUACACCAGUUAAACUGUGCUCUGACACAAUCGCACCCAAAUUCCUGGGCAUUCGUUAGAGCUUUUGAAUGUCUAAUGGAUUAUUUGGAAUGUUAUCCUUCGCUUGGUUUAUUUUUCUCUUUGUUUCAAGCUAAGGGUGUUCGUAGGGGUGGGUGGGUGAAUUUGAGUGGUCAUCCAAAUCUUUCAAAGAUUUUAAAGAAAUGUUUGUUAAAGUUCAAAUCAUUGAAGGUUUUUAUCCCUUCUUCUUGGACUCGUUGCUUGAGGAGAGAUUUCCAAUUUUUUGGUCUCCCGAGCCCAAACAAGUUUUAGAUUGGAAAGUAGGGUUUCUAGCGAAGAUUUGCUGUUAAAUUUUUUGAUGUUUGCAAUGUCGUCUUCUUCUUUACUUUCUACGUCUACUCUUCUGGAGCUUGAAGGGGAUAAGGAGGCAUUGGAGGAGUAUCUAGGUGAGAAAACUUUCACGCUCACUACGGCGAAUUUGAAGGCUUUUGUUUCGAAGAACAAAAAGAAAGAAAAGGAGGGAUCCUCUACCAAGAUAGUUAAAGAAGGUGAGGGAGGUGUGGGGAAGCUUGAUGGAAGUUUUAAGAGGAAGAGAGGUGAUGGUUCACCAAAGGUUGUUGACCUUACUGCUACGAGAGAUGGUUCUGCCAUUUUUACUCUUGAGGAGAUAAGUGCUACUUAUGAGAGUCAGGUGGUUCUUCAUGGUUAUAGGGAAGGUCCGUGUAAUUCUCUAUGGUCCUCUGGGUACCCGUUUAUGGCUGUGGCUGACGAGGUUGCUCAGGUGGAUUCUGAUGUUAAAAUAAUUCAUGAUGUAGGAAAGGUUGGGGUUGCUCGCUAUUUACAGGUGAUUGGGGCUAGGCUUCUUUCUAUUGGUCGGACUUCAGAGUUGGAUGAUAUCUUGGAGGGUGAUCAGGUUGCUGCAAUUAAGAAACUGAAAGAGUCUUUGGAGGAGAGGGAUGCUCGGGCUGAGAAGUUAAAAACUAAAGUUAGGGGGUUGAAGGAGAAGGUAAAGAAUGUUGAGUCUGAGCUUCAGAAAGUUAGGCGAGAUCUUGAGUCAAAAGUUGAGGAGGCUGAAAAGGCAAAUGCUCAGAUUCCUGAGCUGCAAGAGGAGGUUUUGUCAGCCUUUACUCUUGGGUUUGACCGUGCUAUAGCUCAGAUAGGAGUGUUAUCUCCCUCUUUUGAUGUUAGUAAAUUAGAUGUUACAAAAAUUGUUAGUAAUGGUCAGUUGCUCGAUGAUGAAGCUCUGUCCGAUAAGGGGGACGGGAGUGCUUCUGUUGGGAAAGUAGACUGAAGAAGUUUAUCAUGUUUUAGUUUGUUUUUUUUUUUUUUGUAAAACUUUUUGUAAAGCUUGUUGCUUUCUUUUGGAACACUGGAUAAUGUGUAGUUGACUUUGUUAUGGUUUGGUAGACCAUGUUUGUACUUUUUUUGAGUUUUGAAAUGAAUGGAUUUGAUAGUGUUGUUUUGUUAUACA